UGAGAGAAGCGGAAGGACAGCCCUCUGCGAUUGGCGGGUCACCCCGUCUCCGGGAGUUGUUGCUGGGCAGGGUAAAGAUGGCGGCUCUGGACAGGGUCAAGGUGCUGGUGCUGGGCGACUCCGGUGUCGGAAAAUCUUCACUCGUUCACCUGUUGUGCCACAACCAGGUGCUGGGAAACCCGUCCUGGACAGUGGGUUGCUCCGUGGAUGUGCGAAUCCAUGACUACAAAGAAGGGACUCCAGAAGAGAAGACUUAUUACAUUGAGCUGUGGGAUGUUGGAGGUUCAGUGGGUAGUGCCACUAGUGUGAAAAGCACACGAGCAGUAUUCUAUAACUUGCUAAAUGGGAUAAUUUUAGUGCAUGACUUAACCAACAAGAAAUCAUCCCAGAAUUUGUAUCGCUGGACUUUGGAAGCACUCAACAGAGAUGUUGCUCCAACAGGAGUUCUUGUGACAAAUGGUGACUAUGACCGUGAACAGUUUGCUGAUAACCAGAUUCCGCUGCUGGUAAUAGGAACUAAGCUGGAUCAGAUCCCAGAAACUAAGCGGAAUGAAGUUUUGACCAGAACAGCUUUCUUGGCUGAGGAUUUCAAUGCUGAAGAGAUAAAUUUGGAUUGCACCAAUCCUCGUUACCUGGCUGCAGGUUCAUCCAAUGCUGUCAAACUAAGCAGGUUUUUUGAUAAGGUUAUAGAGAAGAGAUACUUCUUAAGAGAUGGCAAUCAGAUUCCUGGCUUCUCUGAAAGGAAAAGGUUUGGAGGAGGAACACUGAAGAGCCUUCAUUAUGACUGAACACUGAAGAAGUGGAAGAUGACUUAUCUGAGUUCCUAAUGACAUUCCCAUUCCAACUGGAUGCUCAAAGACAAUGCUUAUGUCAAGCAGAGUAAAUAAUACAACUGACUAGCCUGCUGAAGCUACUAUUGUUGGAAAAGACUUGGGGAAGGAUUUCCAGAAGCCUAAUCUGAAGCCUAGAGUCUUUCUUAGGAUUGCAGGCUGUCCGGAUAUAUGGGAACAACUGGGGAAAGUGUGCAAUAAGUUGAAUGUCUCUCACUGCUGUGGGAAACUUUAUACACAGCACAUCUGUGUGACAUCUUUCUCUCCAUUUUGGAAAACUUACGGACAGUCUUUGCAAUGAAUUGCAUUCAUUUUACCUCUAAAGGAAAGGUGACACUGAGUGGGCUUCACAUUUCCUGUAAAGUGUUAGGAUGUUAGGAUGGGUAAGGAACGGCCUGGAAACUAGUCAAAUGCCUUCAUUAUAUGAAUGGUGUUGUCUCACCUGGAACACACUGUUCAUCCUAUUCAAAAGGGAAAAAAGAAAGGCAAUAUAUGAAGAAAAGGUUUGAAGCAUUAAAAAAAGAAAAUUGUUAGCAGAAAGGAAGUGGUGUUAAUUCUGCUGCUUAAAUUAAAAUUGUUUACUUGGAGAGGGCAAAGUGAAUCAGGUUUUUGUCUUUUCAUAAUUGACUGUGGUCUUGUUCUUUAUAUUAAAUUAAAAGGCAGUGCUUUGAAAACUGAUGGGAAAGGUAUGUUUUUAUACAAUGCUUAUUUGAAAUAAAUGUGGCAUGGUCUUACUGA